UAGGCGUUCUUGAACCAAGAUGGCGUCUGUGGACAACAAGCAAUGGCAGAAAGAUGCUGCGGAUCAAAAUUUCGAUUACAUGUUUAAACUUUUAAUCAUUGGCAACUCAGCCGUUGGAAAGACAUCUUUUCUCUUUCGCUAUGCGGACGAUUCUUUCACAUCAGCGUUUGUUUCUACAGUUGGAAUUGACUUCAAAGUAAAGACAGUUUUUCGCAAUGAUAAACGAGUAAAACUGCAGAUAUGGGACACAGCUGGGCAAGAGAGAUACCGAACAAUAACUACGGCAUAUUAUCGUGGCGCAAUGGGAUUUAUACUGAUGUACGAUAUCACGAACGAAGAGUCUUUCCAAGCGGUGCAGGAUUGGUCAUCACAGGUGAAAACAUAUUCUUGGGCCAAUGCACAAGUCAUUCUUGUUGGCAAUAAAUGCGAYAUGGAGGACGAGAGAGUUGUUUCCUUUGAUCGCGGCAAGCAACUAGCUGACCAACUAGGCUUGGAGUUUUUUGAAACAAGUGCCAAAGAUAACACCAAUGUUAAGCAGGUAUUUGAGCGACUGGUUGAUAUCAUUUGCGACAAGAUGUCUGAAAGUCUAGAUUCUGAUCCGACCAUCAUCAGUGGGCAGAAGCCUGGYACUACUAAGUUGACAUCAGAAAGGCCMCAGCAAAAUCAAGACAACUGUGCAUGCUGAUACCUAUGCCUUGUUUGGGAAUCACAAAAAGACUUUGAAAUAAUUUAACUUGAAUAAUAACUCCAAAUGUUUAUUACCAAUGGUGGGAAACUGAGGUAAUUUGUAAAAUAUGCCAUAUYYGCAUUGAAUUGUUWAUUAAAAGCUGGUUUUUGCAAAGGUUGAAAUGGAAUCAUGGCAAAAGCAUUAAAUUUUGGAAACCUAUUUUAAUCUGUGUAGAAAAAAAUGAAAUUGAGAUAAUUAUACAAAGAAAAAUGAUAUUUCAUCUGUUUUAGUCAAUAUGUUUGAGGCUUUUCUGAUCACUAUUUCCAGAAAUUUUGUUAAUGAUGCUAGCAAAAUCCAGCCUUUAGAGUCAUUCAUUUAUAUCUGUGAAAGACACACACCUUAGACAAUACUUAAUUACCCUAGUUAUCAUAUAAAUAAAGUGCAAUUCAUUACAAAUUUUUCAGAUAUAGUGGAGCCAUUCUAAAUAGCCAUCAAAAUAGCUAUUUUUUGUUUUCCAAUUCUAAUAACUAUUAUAUCGUCAUUACUUCCUGCUUAUUAUGAAGUUUAAUAUUAUAACAAUUAAACACUUUUCRCACAGCUUUAUAACCUAUCCAGUCCAAAGUCAUAGCAUUUUUUUUGAGCUAAUUCAAUGCUGCACUAAGUUUACUGAAAUUUAUACAAAAUAGUAAGUAAGGCGUAAAGUUAUUUUGCAAUAACCAGAGAUUGAAAUAUUCAAUGGCAUUUGAUAAAUGCCGUUUUUGUGUUCAUGUAUGCUUUGCUAUACAAUAAUAUCAAAUUCAAGGUCAAUUAUGAAAAUGUUUAGGGGUUAAAAAAUUCACUGUAUAUGAAUAUCACGUAAGCCUCUUUSUGAAGGCAGGUUUCAGUGGCUUUCUGUGGACCAUGAAGAGAAUAAGACAAAAUUAGUUUGUCUUUGCUGUUCUGGGAUCUUCUGAUUGACWUUUUCUUUUAUGGUCAACAUAAAAUCACUGUUUGAGUAUCAAGAAGCAUAUUUUAUGUCAAACAUUUUCCCUCAUGAGGGACUAUAAGGGCAAUAGYUUAAACAUUUAUYUCUGUUUUCAAGUCRGUUAGUYUUCCCAAGUCUCUUGUACUCCAGUCCUAGAACAUCCCUCCCCACCCUUCUAUAUUAGGUGUCUGCAGUUUAGAUAUGUCCCAUAAUCCAUUGGAGGUGUAACAGGUGUUAUGUACAUGUAGAAAACAACAGAUUGUAACUAAUAUUGUAAGUUAAAAUAACAUAUUUAUAUUUAAAGGGAAUACUCUUUUCUGGAUAAAAAUAAGACAAUUAAAGAUAAAGCUGAUCUACACCACUGUGUCUAAUAUAACUACAUGAGGAACCUAGACAACUAAUAAGACACUUUACCAAUAAGCCUUUUUCCAGUUCAAUGCAAGCGACCACUGUUUUAACAGACAGCAGACUCACUUGCGUAGAGAACAAAAGCACGAAAAAAUGUUGACAUUACAAUAGCUCUAGAAAUUUGAAUCUUCUCCGAUUUGAGGCUUAGCCUGAGCAAGACGUUGAACCUUCUGGGAAUACAGGCUUAGUGCUAUUGUAAUGACAACAUUUUUUUCGUGCCUUCUUUUGUUUUUGGUCAGGUCUCUGCGCAUGAGAGACUGUUGCCAACUAAAUCAGCGGUUGUUCACUUUGAACAGGUAAAAGACGUAUUGCAUUAUUGCAUUCCUAUGCUGUSAAGUCCUAUUUGUCAAAUGAUGAACUUGAAAGCAAUCUUGAGAUGAAGGAACUUGCAGUAAUAUUACCAAUAAUUAAUGACACAAAGUUGUCUAUGUUAUUUUCAAUAUGGUUAAGUUUAGUCACAUGGUUAAAAGCUAAACUUUCAUAUCAUAGGAUUGUCAGAGUAUUGUUAUUUAUCCUUAGUAAUCUCCUAGCAACCAUUUUAGUGGUCACAUGAGGACCCCUACACUAAUAAAGCUGCAAGGAGACAUACUUGAUAACUGAAUUGAAAACAAUACAAAAAAAAACUGGAUGGCCCUUAGUCUCCUUUGCAGCCUACCCUUUUGUCGGCCGACAAAAGGGUAGGCUGCGAAGGAGACUAAAUGGCCCUAAGCUAAAUUCUAUCUAAUAAAUUUUGAAAAUKCUUCUUAAUUAUUACUGGGCUCAGGGAGAAAUAAUACACAUUGCAAUAGACAGUAAUGUAAGUUCUAGUAAAUUUAAAUUCUAUCCUUAAAGGUUAAUAUUAAGUUGUAGAAUUCAAAGUACAAGAAGGCUGGAAUCWAUCUUAAUAAAAAUGUCACUUGAAAUUACA